GAAAAAGAGAAUGAGCCAAUCGGAUUGCGAGGAGAGGAUUCUUCACCGGGCAUGUACAGAGAUCGCACGUGCAACCUCGGAAGAAUAUGACUUCAAGGUCGGUUUCCAUUGAGUAUGGCAGAGCCGUCAAAAAGGAAUAAAACCGCCUCGUGCAAAACAAUCUAUGAUGCUUCACGCCAUGGAGAUUCAAACAGCCAGGAAGAAAUGCCAGCAGGACAUAAUGGUCUCCAACAUGAAGAGGAAAACAAUGGACAACCACGACGAACAUCUGGAUACAAAUAAACCGGUCAAAAAAGCAAAAUCGAGCAAUGCAAACCGGGAAAGUGGAAGCUCUCUGAACUCUGAAAACAAGAGCGCUGAUGCGUCUAAACCUGGACUCGCUGAGCCUAAAGCUUCUGAGCACCAGAGUUUAGACACAGCCCUGAGAGACAGCUGGGAGAUGGACAGUGGUUUCUCCUCGGAGGCCAGUCCUCCGGCCAGCGGGCGGAGCUCACCGUGUCUCAGCUCGUGCCCGACCACGGUGGUGGCGUUGGACUGUGAGAUGGUCGGCACGGGGCCCGGCGGGCGCUGCAGCGAGCUGGCCCGCUGCAGCAUCCUGGACUACCGCGGCAGCGUGUUGUACGACAAGUAUGUCCGACCGUGUCAGCUCGUCACAGACUACAGGACUCGCUGGAGCGGCAUCCGGAGGCAUCACCUGCACAACGCCAUCGCCUUCGCUCAGGCCAGGGAGGAGAUCCUCAGUAUACUUGAGGGCAAAGUCGUCGUCGGCCACUCCAUCUACAACGACUUUGAGGCGUUGGAGCUGCUCCACCCAGGUCACAUGGUCAGGGACACGUGCACGACGCGCCACCUCAGCCGGUUGGCCGGUUUCCCCCGCGAACGCUGCUCCUCCCUCAAGAUCUUGGCCGGUAGACUGCUGAACAGGAGGAUACAGGUGGGGCGGAGAGGUCACUGCUCGGUGGAGGACGCUCUGGCCUCCCUCGAUCUCUACAAGCUGGUGGAGGGCGAGUGGGAGCGCGAGCUGCAGAGCAAGCUGAGGGACGAAGAUGCCCCGCGCGAGCCCAGCUUCGCCUCCUCGAACCACUACAUGCAGGACGAGUACUGGCCGCAUGACGUCAUCGCCGACAGCCAAUGAGAGGAGAGUAUUCCACAAGACACCUGUAGUUGGAAAUACCUCAACAGAGUACAUUACAUGGUGAUUUACAUUCAUCAGAGCAACUUCAGAUAAUAAAUAAUGUGAAUUCAAAAAUAACUUGACAGUAAAUCAACUCUUAGUACAUUAUCUGCGUUGUCUCACAUGAAAAGAUGUCCGGUAUCACGUUGGGGGAAAUUAAAACGCUAACUUAUUACUGUUAAACAUGAUUGGAUACCAGAUAUUUACCUGCACAGUUUUUCCUCGUGAGUUUAGAAUGACAGAUGUUGGUUAUUAACUUAUGAUAUGAAUAGUUAGGGGUUCUUAAAAAGUAUCUGCUCUGACUUGAAAGGUAACAUGUUACUAUCAAUGGGCCACAGAACUGAUCUUGGGACACAGAUAGUGUUUUGGAAAACUGCAUUUGCAAACUGCAUUUUUCAGAUGUUUCUUAAAAUGCUGCUGUGAUCAAACAAGUUGAAGCUUUUAAAAUGUGUUUUCAGAGUCUAAGAACACAUUUUAACAACUAGUUUAAGCUGUUGCAGCUGCCUCCACGUCUAUGUGGCCUUAAAGGUUUUAUAUUGCAACAGUUGUGGAUUGUAAUGUUGGUAUUUCAUUACCUCUCACUGUAAGCUGCUCUUAAAGGUCCUCAAAAUAAAAUGUCAUCCAGUUCAAAUGAAACUGACUUUGUUUGGUUUCAGUGAGUGAAUGUGAAAACACACUGACACCUCAAACAUGUAACACUGGUUUUCCUAAUGUCAUUGUAAACAU